GUCCAUUCUUUCUGAUGAACACUCAAGCCCUACUUGUCCUCAAUUUGGCUGAUUGCAAUAUUUUGUACAUGUAAGUAAUAGUAAAUGCAUGGAUCAACGUGCUUACUAUUAGUAAAUAUCAAAUUUCGAGUUGAGAGCUGAGCGAACUAAAGACCUACAUACUUGACUUUGGACAAGUUCGAAAAGUAGUGGACCGUGUACGAUGUUGAGGAUUUGGAUGGUCGUGGUUUUCGCAGGGACUGCGUCGUGUCUGAUCAGUCAUUCAGAUGCUGAAGUGAUAGACACAAUCACAUUUCCUGAUGCCAAGUGCGAUGGGACAAGAUGUUAUAUGGAACUGGCUGCUGGCGGGCAGCUUUUCUCUUUAUACAUGGAACACACUGUUGAUAUUGCUCCUCCUCAUUUUCUUAUAGAAGAGGUGUAUUCGGACCGAACCGUUUCCCGCCGAGUCAAAAACCCCCAGGGUUGUGUUCAUUACGGCAAGGUUGUGCGCAAUGGAGUAGUAGUCGGCUCAAUGGUGCUCAGUCUCUGUGAUACUACUAAGCAGACUGCGACUCUCUACACAGAUGAGGGUGAAUACAGUGUUGUUCCAUUACUCCAAGAGAACCAGAGCGGGAUAAGAAGAAGGCGGUCCGCAGACACUCAUGUCGUUUACCGCGAUUCUUCAAAGGCCAAAUCUCGAGUGAGAAGAAAUGCGGAACCAGUAAUAAUCAACCAAGUGGUGGCCCCGCCAAGAUUUACAGGCACGCAACUCCCUUCCUAUAAGCGUCUGUCUCCGGACAGAACUCUCCGAUUAGAAGUUGCAAUAUUCGUUGACAAGGAGUUUCAGGAAGCGUACCUCAAGUCGCCCUUUGGAAUUAAAAAUCCAGGAAAGCUGCGGGAACAUAUCAUGAACGUCAUGAAGCAGGUUCAGAUGUGGUACUUUCUGCCAUCCUUGGGAUAUAAGAUCCAGAUUUACAUCACGAAGUUCGUACUUAUUAUGGAAACUGUAGAAGAGAUUGGCGAGUAUACUGACAUAACAUCGUUUUGCGAGAAGUACCAAUCGUCAUACCUGCCUGGUGGAUCUCGAGCGGGAAACAGUAACGUCACCUGGGACGACGCCAUAUUUUUCUCAGGUGUCCUGGGCAUGUUUGGAGAGCGUUCGCCAGGAGAGUAUAUCUACGGUCGAGCACACCGCUGGGGAGCCUGCAAUCCCAAGUACCAGUGUAUGGGUAUCAACGACCAUUUCGAAAUAUCGCCAGAUCUUUGGCGGAUUGAACGAUACUUAGGACGUCUCGUCAGUCACGAAUUGGCGCACACUUUGGGCAUGGCAGAUGAAUACAGUGAUGUGACAUACAUGAAAAUGUGUAAAAAGGGGUUGAUGGUCAGUCAAUAUAGCGGACGGUCGUGGUCCAACUGCAGCGUCUAUGAGCUGGAGAAGUUCCUUUUAUCAGAAUUUUCAAACUGCCUCGACACCCUUCCCGAUAACAAAAAUAAAGACAUGAUUGUCGUCCAAGCAGCCCCUCCCGAUAAUUCCACGGAGAAUGCUACUGAUGGAGGAUGGGGACCUUGGGGGGCCUAUGGACCGUGCUCGAAGACAUGUGACGGAGGGGUACAGCUGGCCCUACGAGAAUGCAACAAUCCAAAGCCACGAAAUUUCGGCCGAGUUUGUACCGGGUUCAGGUAUCAGAUGCUUAUGUGCAAUAUGCAGCCCUGCAUCAGUGAUGUACGUAACAAAAGCAUAUGGGAUCUGUAUACGGAGGAAUGUGUAAAAACUGGAAGUAGAGAGGACUUCAGAAGGGAUACGCCCGGCAUCUAUCGGUUAAACGGUACACCGGCAUGUGCCCAGAGUUGCAAUCAGAAAGGAACAUCAAUGUGGUGGAACUAUAAGGUGACCAAUGGAUUCAAAUGUCGGGACGGCCAGGAUGACGUCUGUGUGGACGGCAUCUGCAUGACGGUAGGAUGUAAGGAAGAAGAUUUCUACUCUGCAACAAGACGGGACAAAUGUGGUGUUUGUGGUGGCAAUGGAAAGUCCUGUCGCAUCGUUCGUGGCGUUUUUAGGGGCCAGCAGAUGGGGUGGGAGGUUGCCAAGGUAUUGCCAAAAGGAUCUAGAGAUAUCUACAUAACAAUAAAUGCCUCCAGGCAAGAUGAUAUGAGAAACAAUUUUAUUGAUCUUGGUGAAGAUGAUAUUGAUGUCAACCCGUUCUCCACCAUACCAACUAAAUGGACUCGGCUGCGGGAAGGGAGGGAAGGAACAUACAAGGUGUGGUGGGCAGGCGUGCUUUGGGAAUAUAUGGAAGACCGGUGGUUACCCCAUUUCCUAAGAACAAAACAUCGUUUACAGGAUGAGGCUAUUGUAUGGCUACGAAGAGAAAAGGGUGCGCUGCCAAACCUUGGAAUAAUAUGGCAGUACACCAUAGAUGUCGAUACCCCUGAGGGUUUUGCGGUUGGAACGAUAGUACUAAUGAGGCGAAGGAACAAGUGGCGUGGGCCUUUCUUGAUUAGGAAAGUGGUGAAGAGCGGUUUCCUCCUUGCCACAAUGGAUGGCAGAGCGAUAAACGCAGUUGCGAAAAGACGCUCAUUGCAAAUAUACAAUUGUGUAAUAGUGGCCUAAUUCACCAUUGGAGACUUGCAUUUCCUUUUUCUUCAGGACUUGCAAAUAGUUGUCACUCCGACUCAACUUGCACGCAUCUGUUAUCUAUGCACGAAUGGCUGAUGAAGCAUGAUUCCCGGGCCUCAUGUCGAAUUGACGGAGUGAACGGAAUAUGAUGAAACGUGAUAAUCAGGUAGUAGUGCUGGGACAUAAUGCCGGAUCGACACUGAUGCUAUGAUAGAGUUACGCUAUAGGGGGGCAGCUCUGGCAUACAAUUUAUUAUAUGAAUUAUCAAGUGAACGAGAAUACCAAACACUUAGUGCCAUCUUUCGGAUGUACACCUCUGGCGCCCUCUCUACAGAAACCAUCGCAUUAUCUCGCACUAUAAUACUCUCUAGAACGGGGAAACAUCUUUACGACUGUUUUAGGCAUAUUUCAUCAUAUUCCGUUCCGACCCGGAUCUACAGUACUAUUGAUCUCUGGUUCCGUCAAUAUUCGGGACACUGGUGAGCAUGAUGAAGAAGGCAUGUUUCUGCAAACUCGGGCAGUAGAACUUUUUCUGCACGGAAUUGAACAUUUUUGCAUCGUAAUAUAUAAACAUAUAUAUUUGUACAAACAGUAUAGAUACUUCGAUGUAAUAAAUGAAAGAUUUACCAGA